AUGUCGGGUCGCGGCGCAACGAGCCGCAAGGCUAUCAAGAAGAACAUCGAAAAGACAGAGAAGAAAAAAGAGGCGAAAGACUUUGCCGAAGAGCUCGCCAGGCCUCCUUCGGAAUCUGGCUGGAAUCUUCCCAUUCGAGGCGCCUCAACACACCGUCGAGGAUCCUUCACCGCAGCGAGCGUCAGCACCCACAGCUCCGACAGAUCGAGGGGGAGCGACAAGAUCAGAGCUGCCACUCCCGGCCUUUUUAGCACAGAUCCAAAGGACCCUAAGAAAUAUGCAGUUAAGGGAAAGGAAACGGCGGCCCCGAGAGGUCGCGGCGGUGGAGUUCCGCCCAAGACUGCACAGUCGACCGCCGAGACACAUCAUUCCAACACCAGCUACGAAUCCGACCUGGCUUCUCCAAAGGGUGCGCCGCCACAUCUUUUAUCCCGGGAAAAGGGCUGGGCAAACAUGAGGAUUUGGCAUGGAAACGGACAGCCAACCCAGCGAUGGAGAGGAUUCGAGCAUGAUACCGACAUGAACAUGCCCUCCGGAAAUUGCCUUGUCUAUUUCAGUGAAGACAGCAAUAGCCACACCGAAACCCGUCCCAUGCUGCGUGUCCACGUUGAGAAGCUUCAAGAGGCACGGUCGUCCUUUUUGAGCAAUCUCGUCACAUACGGCGAAGUUGAUCAGGAGGACUACUCCCCACCGCCGAGCAUCGCAGGCUCCGCCAGCUCCCCGCCAGCUUACCCUCUGACUUCUUCCAAUCUGGGAUAUCUCGACGAAGAUACAAUAUCAUCCGUAAGAGACAUCCCGGAUCGUGUCAUGUCGCCCACUCGACAAAUGGCUCCUCAAUCCAGCGACGUUGCAUCUUCGGCAGAUUUGAGUAACCAGGAGGUCGAGGUCACGCACGAAAUCUGGUUCCCUGCACCGUCGUACAUCAAAACCCCUCAUGCACAACGCCGGCACCACCUCGCAACCAGGAACUUCCUCGCUCUGCUGUACAACAAGCCCAUCGUUGGAACCGAUCUAUUUGAAAUGCUGUCAGAGCUUCAAAUGGUCAUGGACAUCAUGUACGAAUUGAACGAACCCAACAGACGCCCGAACGUCGCCGCAAUAAUCGUCGAUUACGUUGUUGGGAGACGUCUUGACGAUGUCAGAGGCAGCUUGACGAAUGCGCUCAGCUUGCUUGCCUGGAGCGAGAAGCUGGAUGUUGGCUGGGACCAAGAGUUCAAAAGGCUCUCGCCUGUGACGCGGCACAAUCUCGAGAAAGCAUACAACGGCAUGCAAAUCAAGAUAUUGAAUGCGGAGGAAAAGCUCAGCACCUUCUCGUUCCCGGAUCUCUGGCAUCUACCCAACGUUGUCGCCAAUAGCCCAGCCUUCAGAUCAUCGGAGGCUUUCCGCGGCUGGCUCAGGCGAUAUUUCACCCAGAAGUAUGAGCAGUGGCCUCCGAAGACCAAUCAGCACGGACACUGGGUCACCAGGGAGCUUAUUCAGAAGCUCCAAGAGGACUUUGGAGCUAUUUACGAUAUUCUCGUCAACCGCGACAUCAUCUGGACGGAUAACGAGGCUCGACAUACGCGGAGGUGGGAAAUGGCGAGCAAGACGGCCAUGACGGAUAUCUUCUCGCCAGAUCUGCCGGGUAUGCCCAUCACGGAUAUGCUUAUCAGCUUCGACAAUCAGCACGCCUAUCUUCACAUCCCGCACCCGUACCCGCUUCUCCCACGCCGGGUGUCUUCGCUCACCGCCGCACCGGCCAAGAAGAAAAACAUAUUUGGCAUUGGGAAGAAGGAGAAGGUGGUAACCGCACGAGAUCCUUCUGAGCAGAUGAAGAUCUCGUUGGCUUUCGGCGAUGCAACCAACAUCAACAAAUUGGGGAUGAUGCUGGAAGCCAACGACCUCCGCGACGAAUUCCUCGAAUACGAAAAAUCCGUCGCCGCCGAGCUCCGCGACGUGCCGGCGGCCGACGCGCGCCUGGGCCGCUGGCUGCUGCUCUACGGCAUCCUGCAGGUCCUGUCGACCCUCUCGGUCGACACCGAGGGCAUCAAAUACAAACCGUCGUUGUCCUCAUCAGCGGCGCCCGAAACUUCAUCAUACUUCCUCUCCCCCUCCCUCGACAACUGCCCCCCGUGGCCCCCCUCCCGCAGCCUCACCGGCACCCGCCGCGUCCCCUCGGCCGUGUCCGUCCGCGAGGCGUCGCAGCGCCAGAGCCACUGCUGGGUCGCGCCACUGCGGUGGGAGGGGAAUAAUGCGGAUGUUGCGGUGGAACUGGGGGCCGAGGGCGCGAUUGGGGUGGCGGUUAGCGGUGGUGGCGAUGAUGGUGGGAGGGUGAGUCGGGCGGGUGAGCACAACAGGGAUGCUGCCGCUGGCGGACUCUAUCCGCCGCCGUCGAUGUCGCCGCCGCUGCGAGGUGGUGGCAAUCUAGCCGUCGAACAGCAGCAGCAGUACGGCCACCAUCAGCGUAUCUCCGAGCUCGACGGCCGCCUGCUCAACGACCGCGACCGCAAGGUCCGCAUGCACCAGUUUGAGCAGAAGUUGCUGGCGCAGCGCCGCGAGUUUGAGGAGUACGAGAUGCGCUACGGUGGGUUGCGCGAGCGCGUGCUAGGGCAGCAGAGGAAUGAGUUGUUGUUUCAGCAGCAGCAUGGCGAUGAUGGUGAUGGCAGGGACGGUGGUCGUGGGGGAGAUGGGGAUGGGAGGAGGGAUUACCACCGCCACGAUGAUGACCAUGAUCUACUUCCUCCGCCUUUGCGCUCGCCGCCGCUGUCGCAGGGGAGGCGUGGUGGCGGGGACAAGGAGUUUGGCGUUGGUGGGGAGGUCAUCAGAGGGAGGGGCCCGGAAAGGAAGGAGUAUGGUCCUGGAAUGGCGAGGCCGGAUGUCCCGCUAAGGAGCCCGCUGAGGAGUCCGCCUGGGUCGAGGGGAGGGGGAGGAGGCGGCGGUGGUGGGUUGGCGGGGGGCAGGGAGAAGGAGAUGCCGAGGCGGAUGAUGGAGUAUUUUGUCGACGACGAUUCGGUCGAGGCGGAGGGGGAGAGGGAGGGCGAGUUUUUGCCUGGGUAUGCGAGAUGA